AUGGUGAUCAUAUUCCGAACGCUUGUGUCCAUGAAGUUCCAACCUCUUUGGCUGCUUCUUCUGAUGAUCUUCUGUGCAUUUCCCCGUCAUGAUGCUGCUAAUUCUUCUGAUGUUGCUUCUGAAGCAAAUGCUUUGUUGAAGUGGAAAGCCAGCCUUGAUAACAACAGUCAAGCUUCUCUCUCUUCAUGGAAUGGCAAUAAUCCUUGCAACUGGCUGGGAAUAGCAUGUGAUGAGUCCAAUUCGGUUUCUAACAUAAAUCUUACACGUGUUGGAUUAAGAGGUACACUUCAAAGUUUUAACUUUUCAUUACUUCCAAACAUUCUCAUUCUGAAUAUGAGUUACAAUUCCUUGUCUGGAAGCAUUCCUUCACAAAUUGAAGAGUUGUCUAAUCUCAACACGCUUGAUUUAUCCACUAAUAAACUCUUUGGUAGCAUUCCAAAUACCAUUUCUAAUCUGACCAAACUAAAAUAUCUGAAUCUCAGUGUCAAUGGUCUCUCUGGUCCUAUUCCUACUGAUGUGGGUAAGCUCCAGUCUCUUCUUACAUUUGAUAUAUUUACCAAUAACCUCUCUGGACCAAUCCCACCUUCCUUAGGUACCUUGCCUCUUUUGGAAUCCAUUCAUCUCUUUGAAAAUAAACUCUCUGGACCCAUUCCUGCCUCUCUUGGAAAUUUGUCCAGGCUUACUAUGUUAUCUUUAUCAUCAAAUCAACUCACCGGAUCCAUUCCUCCCCAUAUUGGAAAUUUAUCAAACGCCAAGGUCAUAUGUUUUAUUGGAAAUGAACUUAGUGGUGAGAUUCCAAUAGAAAUAGAGAAGCUUACUGGUCUGGAAUGUUUGCAACUAGCUGAUAAUAAUUUCAUUGGCCAAAUACCCCAGAACAUUUGCCUCGGUGGAAACAUGAAAUACUUCACCGCUGGUAAUAACAAUUUCACGGGCCCAAUUCCAGAGAGUUUGAAGAAUUGCUACAGCCUCAAGAGACUCAGGCUUCAGCAAAACCUUCUAACUGGGGAUAUAACAAACUUUUUCGAUGUACUUCCAAACUUGAACUACAUCGAUCUGAGUGAAAAUAAUUUUCACGGUAAUCUUUCACCUAGAUGGGGAAAGUUCCGUAGCCUCACAAGCCUCAUGAUUGCCAACAAUAAAUUGUCAGGUGUUAUUCCACCAGAACUAGGUGGGGCAGCUAAGUUACAGGUGCUUGAUCUGUCCUCAAACCAUCUUACAGGAAGCAUCCCACAAGAUUUAUGCAACUUGACCCUCUUGUUUGAUCUUUCACUUAGCAACAACAAUCUUUCAGGAAAUGUUCCCAUGGAAAUAGAAUCACUGCACGAACUUAAAUUUUUGGAGCUUGGGUCAAAUUAUUUGACGGGCUUAAUCCAAAAAGAACUUGGAAAUUUGCACAAUUUAUUGAGCAUGAAUCUGAGGCAGAAUAAAUUUGAGGGAAGUAUUCCUUUCGAGCUCGGAAAUUUGCAAUAUCUCUCAAGUCUUGAUCUCAGUGGAAAUAUGUUGAGUGGAACAUUACCACCAACGCUUGGUGGAAUAAAAGGCUUAGAAACAUUGAAUCUAUCGCACAAUAGUCUUUCAGGUGGUCUCUCUAGCUUAGAUGAUAUGAUAAGCUUGACAUCUAUUGAUAUAUCAUACAACCAGUUUGAGGGGCCAGUUCCUGACAAUCAAGUCUUCCACAAUGUUAAAAUUGAAGCAUUGAGAAAUAAUAAAGGCUUGUGUGGCAAUGUCACUGGCUUGGAGCCUUGCCCAAGUGAAAAUCCUAAUGAUCAUAAUCAUACGACAAGGAAAGUCCUGAUAACAGUUUUACCCCUUACUUUGGCCAUUCUAAUGGUUGCACUAUUUGUUUUGGGAGUCUCCUAUCAUUCACGCCGAACUUCAAGAAAAGAAACUGACCAGGUUACAAGUUUACGAUCUGCCAGCAUAUUUCCAAUAUGGAGUUUUGGAGGCAAAGUUAUGUUUGAGAAUAUUGUUGAGGCCACCGAAUAUUUUGAUGACAAAUAUCUCAUUGGUGUUGGAGGGCAAGGAGCUGUUUACAAAGCAAUAUUAGCUACAGGUCAAGUUGUUGCUGUCAAGAAGCUCCAUUCAGUUUCAAAUGAAGAAAUGAUCAACCACAAGGCUUUCACCAGUGAGAUCCAAGCUUUGACAGAAAUUAAACAUCGUAACAUUGUAAAGUUGUAUGGGUUUUGUUCGCACUCACAAUACUCAUUUUUGGUGUGUGAAUUCCUGGAAAGGGGCGAUCUGAAAAAGAUUUUGAAGGAUGACGAUCAGGCAGCUGCUUUUGAUUGGAAUAAAAGGGUGCAUGUUGUUAAAGAUGUAGCAAAUGCUUUAUGCUACAUGCACCACGAUUGCACACCUCCAAUUGUUCAUCGUGAUAUAUCAAGCAAAAAUGUUCUUCUGGAUUCAGAAUAUGUAGCUCAUGUCUCAGACUUCGGAACAGCUAAACUUCUUGAUUAUAAUUCAUCCAAUUGGACAUCAUUUGCAGGAACCUUUGGAUAUGCUGCUCCAGAACUUGCAUACACAAUGGAAGUAAACGAGAAAUGUGAUGUGUAUAGUUUCGGGGUGUUGGCAUUGGAAAUAUUAUUUGGAAGGCACCCGGGUGAUGUUGCAUCUUUAUCAAUUGGGAUCACCUCAACAUUUGAUCAAAUGGCAUUGAUGGAUAAGCUGGAUGAACGUCUCCCUGAUCCAACUAGUUCUACUGUCAAAGAGCUGGUUUCCAUUGUGAAGAUAGCAAUUGCUUGCUUGACUGAAAGUCCACGAUCUCGCCCAACCAUGGAGCUUGUCGUCAAGGAGCUUGCAAUGUCGAGGUCGUCUUCAAUGUCAAGCACAGAGCUGAAAGACUUAAUACGCUAA